UGGAUGAACUGCAUCCAUUCUGUUUUAGAUUUCUGGCUGCUCCUUCCAUCUUCCUCCCACCGUCUCAUUCCUGGCUAUUCUAUUUAAAUACCCCCCUCCUGCCCUGACCCUGGCUGUUCUCUAUACCCCCCCCCCGCUUCCCCUGACAUCUGGUUGCUGUCCACCGCUGUGGUGCUGAACUCUGGUGAUACCCACGCCCUGGAGCUUAGCUUGUGGAAUGAUGACAGAGCCCAUAGAGGAUCCAGGAGGACAAGAAUUGUCUGGAGGGGCUUCUGGACGUCAAAGAGAGCACUCACCUAUGCUACACCUAGAUCUUUAUAACUUUGAAAGUCCAGAUGCAGAGGGAAGCCGUUACGUACUGACAAGUCCCCGCUCGCUAGAGGCUUGUGCUCGCUGUAUGGUAAAGCCCGUGGAACUACUGGCCAGGAGCCUGUCUGAUUUGGUACGAGAGGCGCCGGGACGAUCUAUGCGAGUGGCUACUGGUCUUUGUGAAGUUUAUGAGAUAGAGAGGCAAAGGAAACUGAAGAUGUGCCGGGAGGAGAGAGAGAGGAUUAUUCGGCAAGAAAAGAGGCGGAUUUUACCAUUGGUACUUAGCAACACAAUUGGUUCCCCAUCGACUUCAAAAGGACCAUCAAGGGCAGAACCUAACAGUGGAAACAUUGCCCACAGGUUUGAUUCUCCACCAUCUGUAGGCUGCCAAAGAAAAAAUACCCCUCCCUCUAAGGACGUAGUUAGAACAGAAACUCCUCCCUCAAAGGGCCCCAAAAAGAGCAAUUCUCCCAAUGCCAAGGGCUCCCAGAAAUGCCACACCCCAGUAUCCAAGAAACAAAAGAGUGACCCUUCACUUACCACCAAUGCACAAAGUAACGAUCCUUUAGUUUCCGCUGAUCCUGUACAUACUGUUCCUCCAAAGAAUAAGAGCCAAUCACUGGACUCGUUGCAGAAAGUGAGGGAUGGAGCCUCUACCAAAACAUCCUCUGAGUCUGCGGCUUCCUCGUAUAGUGGAGAUAGUGGCCGAGCCAGAGCAGCAGAAUUCCUUCAGAGUCCACGAACCUUGGAGACUGUGAAUUCCCUGUUGGGAAGGAGCUUCAGUCUUGGAGAUCUGAGCCACUCACCCCAAACAACCAAGAAAGUGGACAAGAUGGUGAAAGAGGUGAAGAAGAAGGGUAUUCAAGAGUUGCCAAAGAGGGACAAGAAAAUUGCAGCCAUUAUGAUUGCCAAGCAUGAGGAGGAAAAUAUCAGAAAUGAGCAACGUUACUGGGCUCAUCUGCAAUGGGACAGGCAGCGAAGAAGCUCCGAACUAAGAAAGGAGCAAGAGGAGAAGGAAAGGCAGAGGUAUCUACUUCAAGGACAGAGACUGUGGGAAUCUCAAGUAAAGAAUCGGUGUAACAGAAUUUCUGUUGACGAGCUGAAUGCUUCCUCCCUGACACAAAGUAGAAGCUUGGUACAGUUGGAGAAAUGGAGGGAACAGCCUCAAGAACUGGAUAAACGCAAGAAAGGGAAGUCGGAGAAAACCAAAGUGGAAGGUAAGCAAAAGAAGACCCAUCAAGAAGAAGAUGAGAAGAAAGAGGCUGAGGGACAGGAAGGAGAGGAACUUCAGGAAAAGCUUCUCACAGCUCAACAGAAAAAGCAGGAGAAAGUCGAGAAGCUGCAGAUUAAUAAAUGUGCACAAAACAAAUUGGAAAAUUUGAAGCACCAGGUCGUACUACAGGAGCUGCUACAGAAGGAGGAAUCAGAGAAUGAAGAGCUUAGGAAGAGUCUUGAGCACAAUCUCCAAAAGGCCCAGGAGAACGUGGAACACCUGAUGGAAAAAAAACAGCAAGAGAUAAAGAACAAGGCUCGGCGGGAAGAAUUACAGAUCUUGAGAGCCAGGCAGGCAGCAGAAAGGAGAGAGAUGGAGCGCAGGGAACAUUUGCAAGAGCUUGCUAAAACUGCUGAGAGGAGGCUGCAGCAUGCAGCACAGGUGGCCGAGGAGGUAGUGCAACACAAAGCAAGGAAAGCUGUAGAGGCCAGACUGGAGAAGGAAAAGAUACAGAGAGAGAACCGGCAGAGGGUGCAGAAGAAUGAGGAGAUAAAGAGACAGGAACUGCUUAUGUCCAUAGAGAAGAAGUUGGAGCGCAGUGAACAAAUAUGCAAGGAAAAGCAAACUGUACUUGACAAUGCUCGCUCGGUGGCCAGAGCCUCCUUCAACAUCCGGGAGAGGGUGCGAGCCGAGACAAACACACGUACCUUUGACAAGAUGGCUCUGGAAGCGGAAUUAUAUUCCAACAUUAACAAAAAAUGAGGCGCUGAAAUAGCACCAAAUCUGGCCCCUACUCGGGUCACUGUCUAAUUUAUCACAUAAUUACUGACCUCUGUUCACACGAAUUAGCUGUACUAAAAGUACUGUAAAUUGAUUGACCUUGCUGGGGUCAAUAUCAAGCGCAGAACUUUCUCAUGGAUCUCCUCAUAAAUGUGUCUCUUACGUUCCUCUUAGAUGUGUUUCUUACAUGCCACUGAAUGCAUUUAUUCCUA